AUGUCUGCGUUAGGCACAGCGGCCAAUGCAGGAAACCAACAGCGAGGUGGUGCUGGGGGUAUUGUGACGGCAACAACUACCGCAACAGACAUUGUCAACCCAGUUUCUGGAGGCGCAGCCCCCAGUCCAACCCAAGAUGGGCUCGCCACGAACUGCAACAACUACGCCAGUGCCACAGCCGGAGAUGGCUGUGAAGCGUUUGCCACACGUAACUCGAUUGCGCCAAGUCAGUUAUACGAAUGGAACCCAGUACUAGGCACAGCUGGAUCCGAGUGCUCGACCGCCCUCUGGGCCAGUGAGUACUAUUGCAUUGGCACUCGAAAGCCAACCACGACUUCGGCCGUGACUGCACCCGGCCCAACACAAACAGGAAUAACGAAGAACUGCAACAAGUUUUCAGAAGCGGCCUCCGGCGACACUUGCAGCGCAUUUGCCUCUCGCAACGGCAUCACUCUUGCUCAGCUCUACGGGUGGAACAGUGUCCUGGGGAGCAACGGCGAGAACUGCGCGGGGUCCAUGUGGGCUCAGGAGUAUUACUGUGUCGGUGUUUCUGGGUCAUCAUCGGCGCCAACCACGACGAACCCAGCCACCACGGCAGGUCCAACGACGAAGACGGGAGUAACGGCGCCUGGUCCUACGCAGACCGGCAUCGUGUCAAGCUGCUCCAAGUUUGCCGAGGCGCCGAGCGGAGUGGUCUGCGGCGACUUUGCAAGCAGCAACGGCAUUUCGACAGACCAGUUGUACUCCUGGAACACAGUUCUCGGCACCGACGGAGAAAACUGUGCGUCUUCUAUGUGGGCCAGCGAGUACUACUGCGUCGGCAUCACCGUGGCGGCUCCGGGUCCAACUCAAGCUGGUAUCGACUCCAACUGUGCUAGAUAUGCCGAAGCACCUUCGGGCGCCACUUGCACUGACUUUGCAAAGUCCAACGGAAUUACUUUAGCUCACUUGUACGCAUGGAAUCCGGUUUUGGGGAAGAACGGGGAAAAUUGCGCGUCGUCGAUGUGGGCACAGGAAUACUACUGCAUCAGCGUCACAAAAUAG